AUGUUCAAUCGUGUUGUAAAUUAUCUUAAGGAUGAUACACUAUCAGCUGGUGACGAUUAUGUUCAUGAUCAACAUGAAUAUCCUAAGGAUUAUCCACAUCAUUAUGAUGAUUUCGGGUUAGCUGAUCAUGAUUCUCUACAUAAUAUCGAUUUUCAAAUAUCCGAGAAUAGCAAUCUAAAUUUAGAUGCAGAAAACGAAUUCGAGUUCAAUGAUAAUCUGACAAAUUAUACUAUAGCCGAUGAUAACAUUGAUUUUCAGAAAGAACAAUCUCAUGUUACACAUGAUUAUGUUUCUCCUGGUGGAUCAUCUUAUUGGAUUCCUGUUGUUUCAGACCACAUCAAACCUAAAAUCAAUUCAAAUGUUGAUUCAUAUAGUGCAACAUUAUCAAUGUAUUACAAUUACGCAUCAUUAGCAGACUUUGAUGUCAGGCUUGGACCAAUUAGAACCACCGAAUCCGACAUUAUCACACAAUGA